CACACAAUAUUGAGUGCAACAGCAGUUGAUUCUACUACACAAUGAGCAUACGUGGCGGCUACUUAAUAUUGCUUGUACUGCUACCAAUGUCAGUUGUUGCUGGCAAAGCGAUGUCACAACAACAUCAAACGCUGGAAUUGCAGCACGCUGAGGGCAAACGUGCGGCCAACGAUUACGGUCCCUGGAUACAGAUCAGCUCAGCUGUGCUCCAGCUGGUGCCCGAUGAACAGACGCAGCUGCUGCUGCUGCAAACACACGAGGGUCCCAGCACCGUCAGCACUGCCAGCAACUUGCCCAACUGGCAUCACAUUCCUGGCUUGCCAUUGGGACAUGAACCGAGGCACAAAGUCAGCGACAAUCUGGACUUUGAGCGGCAGCAGACAACGCAUUACGUCAAGUCUCAUGGACGCUAG